UUUCUUGGCUAAAAGACUUAAAAUUGGUAAAGUUUAAUUAAGGUCAAACCGAUUAAACAAAGAAAAUGUUCAACAUUCAGGGUAGCUACCUGAUAACAUAGAAAGUACACUGAAAUGAUGUGUUCUCCAUGGAAGAUGAGUUCUCUCAUCUUAGCUUUCUUAGCCCUUUCAUUUCUCAACGAUCGGGUUCCAGCCGUUCGAGCUCAGGCUGAUAUUAGUGCUGCGUCUCCUGUUAAAUACAAUUUUGUUGUGAAGAACACAACUUUUACAAAAUUUUGCGAAGCCAGGACCAUUUUGACAGUAAACGACAUGUAUCCUGGGCCAGAAAUUCGCGUUAAAAAAGGGCAGACUGUUCUUGUUAAUGUCCAGAAUGAUGCAGCUUACGGUGUCACCAUUCACUGGCACGGCGUGAAGCAACCAAGAAAUCCAUGGUCUGAUGGCCCAGAAAAUAUAACCCAAUGUUUGAUUCAACCUGGAAAGAAUUUCACCCAAGAAGUCAUAUUCUCUGAUGAGAUAGGGACUGUAUGGUGGCAUGCCCAUAGUGAUUGGACUCGCGCUACUGUUCACGGUGCCAUUGUCGUCGAACCUCCUCCAGAUGAAUUAUCAGACUCUCCGCUUCGAUUCCCGAAUUACACACUUGUGUUCUCCACGUGGUUUAAUCAAGAUUUGAAAGAAAUAAGUGAUAUCAUAGUGCUGAACGGUACUAAUACAGCUGAAGCAGCUGGGUAUACUCUCAACGGCUUCCCUGGAGAUCAAGUUACAUGCGACAACGUUUCGGAGCCAACAUAUAAUAUUACAGUUAAACGCGGUGAAACAUAUGUUCUCCACAUUGUCAAUGCUGCAAUGCAUGAAGGACACUUCUUCCAAGUCGGCAUGAAUAAUGGAACAUUUGACAAUUCGACUGACCCUGCUUCAUAUAACUUGGAUGAUCCACCAGAGAUGAACACUGCCGUUGUUUAUGGGAGUGGAUGGACAGCCGUUAGAUUUUUUGCAAAUAAUCCUGGUGUGUGGUUUUUUCACUGUCAUUUUGAAUCGCACGUGAGUUGGGGUAUGGCUACAGCUCUCAUUGUGAAGGAUGGCCCUAAUCUAGACCAAAAAUUGAAGCCCCCCCCAGCGGGAAUGCCUAGUUGUGGUGCAUAGGCCCUACAAGUAAUGCUGAAUGUGUCGUGUAUCCAUGUUUUUUCCUUUAGAGUCUUCAUUCGUGGUUUUUGUACUACUUAAUGUGGAUUUUCGUAGGUUAUGAGUCUUGCGCUCUCCGGAAUUUGUUGAGGAUUGUCUUCAUUGUUAAGCUAUGAAUAAUGCCCUGAAGUCUUUAAGCCUCAAAUUUGCGUCUUGUUAUUCAUGCAGAUUUAUACUAGACAAAUGUUGAUAUAUUUGAUAAAUUUUAUGAAUGUAU